AUGUUUUCUCAGAGCGCCACUCGUCGUGAUGCCGGUGUUGCCCUCGGCUUCCGACCGAACUGUCACCCAAAGCCGAUGGGUGGCUGCAAAUGUGACAUCGUUGAAGGAGAUUUGAACACCGAAAUCGAGUUCGACACAAACGAGGAUUGCAGGAAGCCAAUUGAGAUGGUGACAGCAGACAACAAGAAGAAGCUGAACAAAGAAAUCGAGCAGAAGUUCGGCGGUUUCAAGGACAACUGCUUCCCGAAGCCAUCGGGUGGCUGCAAAUGCAACGUCGAUUUGGGACAUGGCGAAGAAGUCGUCGAAUACACGGCUGAUGCUCAGUGCAAGAAAAGUCUCGAAAGUCAAACAGCUGAGCACAAAACUGAGCUGAACGCGGAAAUCAAGGAGAAGUUUGGCGAUUUCAAGGAAAACUGCUUCCCAAAACCAUCAGGUGGAUGCAAGUGCAAUGAGAAAGAUGCUCAUGGUAACGAGGUGGUCACAGCUUACAACAACCCCGAGGAAUGCAAAGUCAGCCGUGUUAAACGUGAUGUCGGGGUAGCUACUCAACGUCAGCCUUCCAGUGUCCAUCAGACUCAACAAAAAGCUCGUGGCCGCGACCAACCUAGCCAGAAUGUACGCGACCCAGUCAGGGAACGUGCCCAGGCCAACUAUGCUGCAGUACUUGACGAACUUCAUAACAAAUUCAAAGGACUCAAGGAGGGCUGUUUCCCACGACCCAAAGGAUGCCUCUGUGUGAUCGGGAAGACGGCUGAGGGACGAGAUAUUACUGAACGUCGCAUGAAAGAUGCUGAUUGCAAAUGCAAAGAAGGAGAACGAGGACAUGGAUGUCCUGCGGCUUGA